AUGUCGCCAGUCUUGCAGGAGGAGUUCCAGUGCUUGGCCGCUGCUUCACCUCAUCUCGUGUCCGUACUGCUUACCCCUGAGGGAGACCCGGAUGCACUUGACAUCCCGACUCCGCGCUCUUACGCGGAGGCGAUAGAGGGUCCCUACUCCUCUCAGUGGCAGGCAGCUAUGGACGCAGAGAUGGCUUCCUGGAAGUCCACAGGCACCUACGUUGACGCUGUUCCCCCUCCUGGGGCGAACAUCGUCAGUGGCAUGUGGAUUUUCAGGGUGAAGCGGCCGCCGGGUUCUCCGCCUGUCUUCAAGGCGCGUUACGUGGCUCGAGGCUUCAGUCAGCGGCAGGGAGUUGACUACUUUCAGACCUUCUCUCCCACCCCGAAGAUGACCACUCUUCGGGUACUGCUGCACGUAGCUGCUCACCGUGACUACGAGCUACACUCUCUUGACUUCAGCACUGCUUUCUUGCAGGGCAGCCUGCACGAGGAGAUCUGGCUGCGUCGCCCACCUGGUUUCACUGGGUCUUUUCCUCCUGGCACCCAGUGGAGCCUACGGCGGCCAGUCUACGGUCUCCGCCAGGCACCGCGUGAGUGGCACGACACACUGAGGACUACACUUGCGGCUCUUGGGUUUGCUCCCUCUACUGCCGACCCGUCGCUGUUUCUGCGCACCGACACUUCUUUGCCGCCGUUCUACAUCCUCGUGUACGUCGACGACUUGGUCUUUGCCACAGCUGACACUGCUGGACUCGCCCACGUGAAGUCCGAGCUGCAGAAGAGACACACGUGCACUGACCUGGGUGAACUGCGCAGCUACCUUGGCUUGCAGAUCACUCGGGACAGAGCACGCCGCACCAUUACCCUGACUCAGUCACACAUGGUGCAGCAGGUCCUUCAGCGCUUCGGCUUCACGUACUCCUCGCCUCAGGCCACUCCUCUGCCUACUCGCCACUCGCUCUCAGCUCUGCCUUCGGAUGAGUCCGUAGAGUCGAGUGGCCCGUACCCAGAGCUUGUUGGCUGCCUCAUGUACCUGAUGACCUGCACACGACCUGACCUUGCAUACCCUCUUAGCAUUCUCGCACGCUAUGUUGCUCCUGGGAGACACAGACCGGAGCACAUGGCUGCAGCGAAGAGGGUGUUGCGCUACUUGUGCAGUACGUCGGGCAUGGGGCUUGUGCUUGGAGGGCAGAGUCCAGUGGUCCUUACUGGGCACGCAGACGCUUCUUGGGCUGACGACCAGGCUACGCAGCGGUCGUCACAGGGUUACACCUUCAGCCUUGGUUCCGGCUCUGUUUCGUGGCGGGCUACUCGCUCGUCUUCUGUUCUCGGCUCCAGUUGUGAGGCUGAGAUCUACGCAGGAGCCAUGGCUGCACAGGAGCUUCGCUGGCUCACCUACCUGCUGACUGACCUCGGAGAGCCGCCUCGUUCUCCUCCAGUGCUGUGCGUAGACAACAAGGCCAUGCUGGCCUUGUGUCGGGAGCAGCGACUGGAGCACAGAACGAAGCACAUUGCUCUCCGCUACUUUCUUGCUCGUGAGCUGCAGCAGCGUGGUCAGCUGCGUCUUGCGUACGUGGCCUCUGAGGCCAACACUGCUGAUAUCUUCACCAAGGCGCUUGCGCCUUGUGACCAUCAGCGCUUCUGUACUCAGCUGGGCCUUGUGCCUACCUUGCCUCACUUGCUCACCUCUUGA